UUUGAUUUUUUUUAAAUGUCACUUUAUUAUCUGAAAAGAGACUUAUAGAAAAAUAGCCAUCUAUCAACGAUUGCGCGCAUUUUAUGCGUAGGGCUUCCUAGUUCCAGGCCCCCUUUACCGUAUUUGGGCGUAUUCAACAUGGCGGACACAAGCGGAGAACAUUGUGCGCCAGAAGUUUCAGGAUAUCACCCAUCUUAUUACUGGUCUCACUUAUCUUACUUUACUAUCUACUUCACACAAGGCAUAGAGAUAUUAGAGUUCUACACCAAGGUCCCGUUCUAUCAUGUCUUGUUCGAGAUCGCCCUUGUUCUAUGGAUAUUAUGGUUGCUACUCUCAAAGAGUUAUCGCUUCAGAGAGCUGUCUUUGGAGCUAACAGAAAAGGAACAAGAGGAGCUGAUAGACGAAUGGCAACCUCAGCCUUUAGUGCCAUCCAGCCAUCCUUAUCCUGAAGAUGUCAUCACUCCCAAAGUUAUUGAUGGGAAACCAGGUCAUAAGGUCCAUGUCAAUGGUCAAGAGUGCUUAAACCUGGCAACUUUUAACUUCUUGGGAUUUGUGGGGAACCCGCGGAUUGAGAGUUCUGCAAUAGACACACUUCGCAAAUAUGGUGUUGGCUCUUGUGGGCCGAGAGGAUUUUAUGGCUCAAUAGAUGUUCACCUACACCUCGAAGAGCGUUUAGCCAAGUUCAUGCACACAGAAGAAGCUAUCCUGUAUUCCUAUGGCUUCUCUACUGUUGCAAGUGCAAUCCCAGCAUACUCCAAGAGAGGAGAUGUAUUGUUCUGUGAUAAGGGUGUGUGCUUUGCUAUCCAGCAAGGUGUGACGGCAUCUCGUAGUAGGGUGAUGUGGUUUGAACAUAAUGAUAUGGAUGACCUUGAGCGGCUUCUCAAGGAGCAGCAAGAAAAAGACAGAAAGAACCCCAAGAAGGGAAGUGUUACAAGAAGAUUCCUUAUUGUCGAGGGGUUGUAUAUCAAUCAUGGUACAAUAGCACCAUUGCCAAAAUUGUUGGAGCUGAAAAAGAAGUAUAAAGUCAGAAUUCUAGUAGAUGAGAGCUGUUCCUUUGGUGUUCUUGGAAAGACGGGCAGAGGCGUAACAGAGUAUUAUGAUAUCCCUGUUGAUGAUGUGGACUUGAUAUCUGUCUCCAUGGAGAACUCCUUGGCAACUAUUGGGGGAUUCUGCUGUGGAACAUCUUUUGUAGUAGAUCACCAGAGAUUAUCUGGUGCUGGCUAUUGCUUUUCUGCCUCUCUGCCACCAAUGCUAGCUACUGCUGCUAUUGAAGCUCUUGACAUUAUGGAGGAAAAAGAUGGUAUGUUUAAUGAUCUUCAGAUGAAGGCAAGACUUUUCCACCAAGAGUUGAAAGGAAUCAAGGGCUUGCGAAUUGACGGAGAAAGAGAUUCUCCUAUCAUUCAUCUGAGAGUUGCUCACACCAAGGGUAGCACAGAGGAUGAAAGAUUGCUCAAAAAGAUUGUUGACAAGGCGUUUGAAGAGAAAGUGGCCCUGACUAUUGCAAGGUACUUGAAGGACCAAGAGACCUUUCCUGUUGAGCCAAGCAUUCGCAUUACAGUCAAUGUGGAUCUAACAGAAACAGAAAUUCAUAGUGCUGCUCAGGUUAUCAAGAAUGCAGCAGACAGUAUAUUAGGAGGAUAGGCUGGCAGAGAACCUUUGCAGUGUCUUUGCAGUGUCCCUUGGCACACCUGUCAUCUCUCCCUGGAGAUUUUGGACUCCUUCUCCCGCUCUCUCACAUUGAGCACCAGAUGUGCUUUUUAGCAACUUUUUUUUUACUUCUGCAAAGAUAUUCCAUGGAAAAUCAACAUUUUGCCUAUUUUCUAUUAAAAUGAUUUUAACAAUAAUUCCCUCGUGUAGCGCAAUUAAUCUUACACCCUCAAGGGAUCUAUAAGUGGAUUUUGCAUGAGAGCUUUCUACUCGGCAGACGUCUGCGAGUGUAUACCAACCCCUCCCCAAAAAAAUGAUAUAACCCUCCCCUCCCCAAAAAAUUCUUAAGCCUCAAGGGAGGUUGCAGAGGUAUGCGGAUGGUUGUUAUUUUUGCAUAUUGUUUGUUGUUUUCUUAAAAAAAUCUAUACUGCAGUAUGUAAUAUCAUUGGUCAUUGAAAGGAUUGGAGAGGAGAAUAAAAGAAAGGAGAGUAAACAGCAAUAAUUGUAUGCAAAGCACUGUAUUAUAGAUACUCAACUAUAUGGCACUUACAGUUCCUAUAUAUAGAAAAAAGUAUUUUUACUGUUUCACCUUUUCGUUUCAAUAAAGACAUUAUUAGCAAUGUAAAAAAUAUGAUGUUCCAUAAUGAUGUAUCAUAUUUGAAGUUCCACUAAUAAUAAACCGAGUUCUUUAAGAAAUGAAACAUCUGAUAUAUGAAAUAAAUCUUUAUUUGAAAAUU